AGCUGCACCCCUCGCAUCAUGGGCAGGGCGUGGAGUUCGAUCAGCUUCUUGUCUUCGUCGCCAUCGACACCACAAACCGAUGGCAAAGACGUCUUAGCGUUGUGUGAAGAUGGCGACUUGUUGCUCGCGCGCGAAAAACUUGCGGAUUCUGCGUUACGUGUAGGCGUGGAGUUCGUCGUAGCUCGAGAUAUUCAGCGCAUGCAGCGUGGUCAGUUCCCAACAAAACGAGUGACCUCUUUGCCACCGUGGACCAGCUGCGAAUUACUGCUACGUCACGAAGGAGCACUGCACGUCGCAUCAAUUGGGGCGAAUGGACUGCAAUUUGUGCCUUUCGAGGAGCGAGUCGUGAGCAAAAUACCGCAUAUUCACGACCGAUUUGCUAUUCGUCGACUUCGCCACGACGCAAGAAGCGAGAAUCUCUCAAUAACAUUGCGUGAACUGGCGAUUCAGAUUGCCGCCAUAGCUCCAAUUUCAUGGCAGACGUUGUUAUUCCCCACAACUCGAACGCAAAUAUCACCCAGAUCACCACGACAGCAAUCAGUAGAUCGUGACGCAGUGAUCGAUGCGCUAAAAGAGCUUCCACCCAUUAUUCGCAGGUUGUUAAGGCGUAUGCUGGAGGUAUCGAUAACCAGCUUCACUCUCGAUUCUCAAGUUCUAAUCCUACAUUUGCAGCUCUUCUGUCAGGGUCUAACGCUUGACGAUACCAGCCAUCCGCACAAUCCGGACAAGACCGAGGAUCCGAACGUUGGUACUGAGUUGCGUGUGGCUUUGGACGCUCUGGGGGGCGCUGAAGUCACCGCUCGCUUGAGUGCUGCCUUUGUGGCCACAGUAUACGAAUUCGUCCACCUACUGGAUCCGAUCAACGUCAGCACCAACAAUCCCCUCGUUCCAGCCGCAUUUUGGUCAAACUGCAGCGAUAACGAGCGCCUGAACUUCACUCCAUCAACCGCGUUAGGCUCCGAGAUGUCUCUCGUUAUCCCAACACGUGACUGAACAAAACACGCAUUUUCUUAGCAAAAAAUGAGUGACACCUAGACUAGCGUCACGAAUACCUAUCCUAAAUUUUCUAUACCUACCUA